CAGUCAGACCGACAAAAACAAUUUUUGCAAAUUCCAGAAAAAUAUACAUAAAAAUAAAAAACAUUUUGAAAAAUGAGCAAUUUUAUUAAUUUUAACAUGUUUGAAAAUUAUCAGAAAUAUAUUGAUAAUGAGCAGGAAAUACGUGAGAAAAUACGCGUUGUCGUACGUGAAAUUGAACACUUGGCCAAAGAAGCCACCAUACAGCUGCAAAUCAUACACUGUGAUUUAACUAAAAUUGAUUAUGCCUGCACUGAGGCCCGCAAACAAAUUUCACUGUGCGCUGAAAGCUACAAGAAAUUGGCGGAAAUUAUACCGGUGGGACAAUAUUAUCGUUAUUCUGACCAUUGGACGUUUAUUACUCAACGUUUGGUAUUUCUCAGUGCCAUGGUUGUAUAUUUAGAGGCCGGUUUUCUGGUAACUAGAGAAACAGUGGCUGAAAUGUUGGGUUUAAAAACCAAUCAUGCCGAUGGCUUUCAUUUGGACAUUGAAGAUUAUCUCAUGGGUAUACUACAGAUGGCAUCUGAGCUGUCACGUUUUGCUACAAAUUCCGUUACAAUGGGCGAUUAUGAUCGCCCUUUAAAUAUAUCGCGUUUUAUGGCCGAUUUAAAUUCUGGAUAUCGUUUGUUAAACUUAAAGAAUGAUGGCCUAAGAAAACGUUUCGAUGCUCUCAAAUAUGAUGUUAAAAAGAUCGAAGAAGUUGUAUAUGACAUCAGCAUAAGAGGACUUAGAAGCGGUAGUAAUAAUGACGCUGGUGCAGUUGAGGCCGUUGCUAGUAAUGAAGAAAACGUAUAAAUUUGUAUAUAGCACAUAUGCACUAUAAAUAUAAGUGAAUUAAUGUUUCGGUUUUUUUUUUAUUUUUAUUUUUUUUUUCAUAUUAAACUAUUCAAAAGAAAAUUGAAUUUUAAUAAAUAUAAAGGAAAUUAUUCCUAAUUCCAAAUAAAA